UUUCGACAUGCCACAACCAUGAACUGGUCGCUCGGUACACUAUGGGUGGUGACCCUCUUCCUAGUCCGUCUCGAUCUGAUCGCAGCGGCGACCUGUUACACGCCCGACGGAUAUGCAGUGACUGACCCCAGGUAUAUACCAUGCAUUGCGAUAGACGGCGAAAAUUCAAUGUGUUGCAAACUCAACGAUACAAUGCCAGAUACCUGUCACAGCACGGGCCUCUGCUAUUCGAGUCAGACGGGAUAUUGGAGGGAUUUUUGUACCGAUAGGAACUGGGAUUCUCCCAAUUGCUUGAAGAAGACUGUCUGCGGUGAUGUAGCCGGAGGAAACUCGAACUGGACGACGAGAGUCACAUCUUGCGGAGAUGGAUCAUGGUGCUGUGGUGAUACUAAUGAUUGCUGUACGAAUGGCGGAGGAUUCACCCUCAAUUCGCCCCUGGUCACAAUUGGUAACAAUGCGACUGUCACUACCACGGUAACAGCAACACCGAAAGGCACCAGCAAGGGUUCCUCAGAUUCAUCUGCAAAGGUCGCGAUUGGGGUCGGGGUUGCAGUGCCAUUGGCAUGUCUGGCAUGUGGAAUGUUGGGAGUUGGAUUUUUCUGGGGCAGAAGAAGUGCAAGGCAGGCGCUGUCUCAGCCUGCAUUUCACAGGGUUGGUUCAGGCACACCGGUCGUAUCGAAAACACCACAGGCAGAGCUGGGUCACGACCAGCAGAUCUAUGAGGUAUCAGGGAAUGGGCAAUCUUAUGAAUUACCUGCAACUCGGUGACCAUACUAGUUAGUGUCUACAUCUAUUAGAUAUGAACUAUGGGUCAAUGACUCAAUAUUCUUAAUUCCCUACGCUCGUGCUAGCAUACGCUAGUAGUACUAAUU